UUUGUGCUUAUUUUUUGAUCAAUCUGCUUAAAAAAAGCUUCCCGGUGAAUAUUUCCAACUUAAAAGUAGAUCAACGCUAACCCACGUUAGUACGUAGUCGAAUUCCGUUUCCUGCUAAGUGUCGUCGCAGCACAAUGGUAAAAUUGUGCUGCAUCCCGAUCUGUCCCAAUUCGAAAGCCGACCGAGGGGUCGCUUGCUUUCCGUUCCCUACGGAUGCAGAGCUCCGGAACAGAUGGAUCGAUUUCGUCGGCGGUAAUCCGGACAAGUUCCGCUGGAGGGCCAAGUACAUCUGUGCGGAGCAUUUCAUGCAGCUAGAACUGUUCGAUGCCAAUGGACAGAAGAAGCUUCUCGAGGGGGCUGUCCCAAUGGUGUACUCCCCGGAUGAAGAAAAUGAUGAUGAGCUGAUGGACCGAGAUGACGUGAUGAUAUCGGAGGAGCCGUCGACGUCUUCGGCCAAAAGUAAACCGAGCACGGUGACUUCGGAGAGUGCCAGCGGUGCAGGGGAGGUGAUGGAUGAUUUCCAGCUGCGUUCGCUGUUCUGCCGGAUGUGUCUUAAGAAGGCAGACGGGUUAAUACCGUUCAACUCGAAGCUGCACAAUGCCAACAUGGUAGACAUAAUCUACACGAUUUCUGGGUUGAAAAUCGAAAUCGGUGGCGAGCUACCGAACAAAAUUUGUGCCGUUUGCGUCGGGAAGGCCGAUUUGGCAUUCAACGUCCGGAUGGAAUUUCUGCAUCACGAUCGAAUUCUAAGGAACUUGAGCCAAAGCCAGCAGUUGCUGUGUCAUUAUAGAUCCUACGACAACCAUCGAUACGAAUCGAAAAGCUUGAACGAAGCUUACCUGAGUAGUUUGUUGAGUAACGUAAAACAGGAAGUGAUUGUCGAAGAAUCGGUGCUGGUUUUAAAUUCGAAUGAGAAUGUUGUACAAAUUCAAAAGAUGGAAAAUGCGGGGUCGUUCAAGAACGAACCGGUUCUACCUUCAACGAAAAAUUCAUCGGUGGCAGUUCAAGACGAAAUAGAGAUCGAAGCACUGGAAGAAUUGGAAGAGGAACAUUUGUAUGACGAAGAUGAGUUAAUUUUAACCGAAGCUCAACCAGCUGAGGAUCCCUCACCGAAGAAGAGUGCGCCUUUCGUGGAGCAUGACAACUCUGCCAAUCAAUUAAAGGUUGAGAUUGAAUCGGAUUCGGAAGCAGAGAAAAAUACUGCGCCAAAGUAUGUAUUUUCUUGGAAGGAAUUAUACAAACCGAAACCCUCCGUCAAAACAACGAAUAGAAAAAUCCUUGAAUAUCGCCCCAAACCGAAACUGGUUCCCAACACCUGCUACAUCUGUGACACUGCACAUGACGAUGCCGACGCAUUGGAAGCUCACAUUGAGCAGCACGUUAGCACGCUUCCGUACAAGUGCGAACAAUGUAGCACUGAAGAAGUUCCCCAGGUGCUCAAGUCAUUGGUUGGCCUCAACAAGCAUCUCCAGACUCAUCUGUAUCCAUACCCUUGUGACUACUGUCCGUUGCGGUUUUUGACACAGCAUUCCUACGUUGACCACAUGAAGCGUGUGCACGAAGGCGGCGAAAAGGAUGGCUAUACGUGCGAUUACUGCGGUCAGUUUUUCGAUCGGAAACGGGCGUUCUACAUUCACUUGGCCAAGCACAGGGCCCUUGAGGAAGGAAAAUACAAAUGCGAACAUUGCGGCAAAGUAUUCGGCUGUAGUGCUCUACUCAGGCGACACGUUCGGAUUCACACGGGCGAGAAGCCGUUCGAAUGCAAGAAAUGUGGCAAACGAUUCAACCAUGAAGCCAACUUCCAAAACCACAAACGGCUGCACAUCGGCGAAAAAGCCUACAUCUGCACGGAGUGCAGCAAAAACUUCCACAAUGGCACCACCCUGCGGUACCACAUGGCCGAGCACUUCCCGGAUGAUCCACGUUACCGUGCUCAGCAGUCUGUCUCACGACCCCGCUACAACUCCGACUACGGCAACGUAAAGGUGAGAACGGAUUCCACCGGAAUGAAGCAAUUUAUUUGCGAUUUUGAAAACUGCGACUACGUAACCGAUCUGUAUCGGACGUUCUUCUACCACCGGUCGAUGCAUUUGAAAAAGUUCCAAUGCGAGAUCUGCGAGAAGCGUUUCCCAAUGAAGUGCACCCUGGUCAAACACAUCGAGGUUGCACACGAGGGAAAGAUCCCGGAGAAGAAUCUUCCCUGUCCGUACUGCCAGAAGAUGUUCGGUUGCAAGCAGAAGCUAAGCCUGCACGUGGACAUUCACGAGAACAACCGCCGGCACAAGUGCAAGUUCUGCGACAAAGCUUUUGUGCAGAAGGUUAACUGUGUGGCCCACGAGCGAAUACACACCGGUGAGCGGCCGUACGUGUGCCGAGCAUGUCCGGCUGCGUUCAUCACUUCGUCCGGCCGGAAAAAGCACGAGAAAACGCAUCCCGGGAUGGAACUGUUGCAGGACCCGCAGGAGGAACAGGAGAACGGGUCAAAGGACGACAACAAACCCGACGAGGAGGACUAUGAGGAGUACUGCGAAGAGGACGAAGUCGACGAUGUGGAAGAUGGCGACGAAUUGGUGGAGUAUGCUCCGUUAGGUUAGGUAAGUUUUAUUCCAUCUUGUUUUAAUUGAUAUGACUGUUUCAUCGUGAGGAAUAGUUCUCAGUAAUUCUAUGCUAAGC